GGGACGCAGACAUUACACAAGCCCUGUGUUGACAGUUAGGUAAGCUAGCUUGUUAUGUAGCUAACUGAGCUAGCCCCUCGGUGUGCAGCAGGAGCGUUGUCGGUGUCGCUGUCGGGUCAAUGGUCUCCUCCUCCAGGGUCCGUCUGAUCUGGCGUCAUUUUGUCAACAAUAGGAUGGGAGAGAUGGCCUCUAAAGCCCAGAUGCCGACCCCGGAGACAGCACUGCCCGGCCGGACUGACGGUCUGAAAGUCUCUGCCAAACAUGAUGUGAAUGGAAACAGGACUAUUCCACCUUUCCCAGAGGGGACGGACAUGGUCAUGUUCGGUAUGGGCUGUUUCUGGGGAGCAGAGAGGAAGUUCUGGAGACAAAAGGGCGUGUAUUCCACCCAAGUGGGCUAUGCAGGAGGGUACACAUCUAACCCCACCUACAAGGAAGUCUGCACAGGUAUGACAGGUCAUACUGAGGUGGUGAGAGUCGUGUUCCAUCCAGAGAAGAUCAGUCUUGCCAGCCUGCUCAGAGUUUUCUGGGAAAGCCAUGACCCGACUCAAGGGAUGCGACAGGGGAAUGAUGUUGGGACAACGUACCGCUCUGCUAUCUACACCUACACAAAGCAGCAUCUCGAUGAAGCUCUGGCCUCCAAAGAUGAAUACCAGAAGGAACUGACGGACAACGGCUUCGGUCCGAUCACAACAGAAAUAGCCGGAGACAAGACGUUCUACUACGCCGAGGAUUACCACCAACAGUACCUGAGUAAAAACCCUGACGGAUACUGCGGUCUGAGAGGGACGGGCGUCUCCUGUCCAAUAGACAUCAAUAAGAAGUCCUGAUAGCCAGUGACAGACAAGAACCAUCUCAGGUCUGUUUAAUACGGAUACAAUGAUGGGAUGAUUUUUAAGUUUCAAAACAAUUUCAGACACAAAUGUAAUACGUCAGAUAUAUAAACAUUACGUUUCGAAUGCAUUUAUCUCACGGAUCCAGCUGCUAUAUCUCUAUGAAAAGAACGUGAUUGUCAGUAAGAAACUGAUAAAGGCUGUCGGUCUUCCCAGCUCUUUGCUAACAGUAAUCACACCGCUGCCUCCAAAUGUGAUGCAACAUGUCACUUUUGUGGAAGGCUUCACACAAGAUGCCCCCCCUCAGUAUAUAAUCUAAUUCGGCCUGUGCGAGGGACGUGUAGAAUGAGCAGAGUGAAAUCUAGUAAAACUCCCACGCAGUCUCAUUUGAGAAGGAAUUCAAUUUAGUGCCAACAGAUGUUUCACUAAGUUCAUACUUUCAUGCAAUCUGAGCAAAAUGUGAGUUUUAGCUCUGUGACUGGUGAUGUUAUGGUUCAGGUUGCUUCAUAAAAGAUGAUUAUUUAAGAGGGACUUGCUUUGGUAUUGAUGUAGUGUGCUAUUUAAAUGUCUGUAGAGGAAUAAAACACAAUAAAAGCUUCUGGAAUCACA